CACAGCGCACCGUGCGCCGCCGCUGAGCUGAGAUGUGGUGACAGUGUGUGAAGUCAGAGCAGUGCUCUUCUCCAAUGCAGCAAAGGUCUGGAGUUUAAAGCUUAUCGCUUUGCAGCAGCUCUGGGUUCAGCUUUGAGGCACAGUGUGGUUCUCUCUUUGGACUUUUUUCAUCUUGUGCCAAUGAGAAGCAGCGUGAAUCGCUUCUCUCACUUCAGGAAUAUUGGAUCUGGAUAUUCAGUUUACUGCGACUAAACGCUGUGUGGUAAAAAGAGAGUCUGAUGAGCCUGGCUAGUGCAGCAGUGUCGGCGGCUGGCUUCCAGGGCGGGGCACGCCAACGGGACUUGAUGAUGGAGCAGAAAGUCAGUAAGCUGACCUCUGGCUUUCAACGCAGCUCCACCUCUGAUGAUGACUCAGGGUGUGCGCUGGAGGAGUACGCCUGGGUACCACCUGGCUUAAGGCCUGAACAGGUACAGUUAUAUUUCUCCUGUUUGCCAGAGGAUAAGAUCCCCUAUGUGAACAGUCCAGGAGAGAAGUUGAGAAUCAAGCAGCUCCUCUACCAACUACCACCACAUGAUAAUGAGGUGCGUUACUGCCAGUCCCUCAGUGAAGAGGAGAAGAAGGAACUACUUAUGUUCAGUGUCCAGAGGAAGAAGGAAGCUCUAGGAAGGGGCACAGUAAAACUGCUGCCUCGCAAUCUUCUGAACAGCAUUUGUGAGCAUUGUGGUGAAACCAUCAACGGUGGAGAAAUGGCCGUGUUUGCCUCGAGGGCAAACCCUGGGCUGUGCUGGCAUCCAGCAUGCUUUGCCUGCUCAAUGUGCAGCGAACUGCUGGUGGAUUUGAUCUACUUCUACCAUGAUGGAAAGAUCCACUGUGGAAGGCAUCAUGCUGAGCUACUUAAACCACGCUGCUCAGCCUGUGAUGAGAUUAUCUUUGCUGAUGAGUGCACAGAGGCAGAGGGGCGCCACUGGCACAUGAAGCACUUCGCCUGCUUUGAAUGCGAGACAAUUCUUGGGGGCCAGCGCUAUAUCAUGAAGGAUGGCAGACCAUAUUGUUGUGGCUGCUUCGAGUCUCUCUAUGCCGAGUACUGUGAGGCCUGUGGAGAACAUAUUGGAGUUGAUCAUGCUCAGAUGACCUAUGAUGGGCUCCACUGGCACGCAACUGAGAGCUGCUUUAGUUGUGUCCAAUGUAAGAGCUCCCUACUGGGCUGCCCCUUCCUGCCACACCAGGGCCGCAUUUAUUGCUCCAAGGCCUGCAGCAUUGGGGAAGAUGUGCAUGCCUCAGACUCCUCCGACUCUGCCUUCCAGUCAGCACGAUCCCGUGAAUCUCGCCGCAGUGUACGCAUGGGUAAAAGCAGCCGUUCAGCCGACCAAUGCAGACAGUCACUCCUGUUCUCUCCUUCAGUCAAUUACAAGUUCCCUGGCUUUAGUGGAAACGCUGACGAUACCCUGACCAACAAGCUUGACCACUUGAACUUAUCUGACGAACAUCUCUGGAGGGGACGUACUGAAGAGAAUGAGGCACCUGAGGAUCAGGGGGAGGAGUGGGCUGAGCACGAAGACUACAUGACUCAACUGCUUUUAAAAUUUGGGGAACAUGGGGUCUUCCAGCAAGGUAAUGAAUCCAGACCCACCGAUUUCUGGAUCGCUGAAAAGGAUGCCAAGCUAAAGCAGGAGUCUUCAAAACCUGGUAUUGGUGGUGGAGGAGGAGGACGGGGGAGCCUGGCAAGUAAGAAGUACCAGUCUGAGAUGUACUGGGCCCAGUCACAGGAUGGGCUUGGGGACUCAGCCUACGGUAGUCAUCCAGGCCCAGCAAGCAGCAGAAAGAUCCAGGAGUUGGAGCUGGAUCAUGGGGCUGGAGGAGGCUUUCAGGGAGAGGAUCAACAAUGGUAUAAUGACUCUUUGGAGUGUAUCACAGAUGAGUUCAAGAAAACAGAACAGAGUGUCAGAGACUCUAUGGACUCACUGGCACUCUCAAAUAUUACUGGGGCUUCUGUAGAUGGUGAUAGUAAAGAUAGACAAUUGGUAUUUUCCCUGCAAGGAUUCCAUGAACUGGAGACAGAAGACUGUGAGAAAACCAGCAAUAUGGGGACCCUCAACUCCUCGAUGUUACACAGAAGUGCCAAUUCCCUGAAGAGCCUUGUGUCGGAGCAAGAGGAAGAGUUUGAGGAAAAUGUCCCGGAAGAAGAGGCAGCUCCUCUGCCAGUGGACAGACCCAAACCUCAUGUACCUGCUAUUAGGAGGACACGUUCACAAUCUAGGCCCCAGCAGGUCAAAUUCUCUGAUGAUGUGGUAGACAAUGGGCAUUAUUGUGAUCUCCCAGUGCGCCAGCCUCCUAUGAGUGAAAGAACACGUCGACGCGUUUAUCACUUUGAGGAACAGGGCCAGGAACUUCAGUCUGGUCGCCACCAUCACCACCACAGGAGGCAUCGCAGUCGCAAGUCUCGCUCUGACAAUGCUCUUAAUCUACUUCCCAAGGAGAGGGCGAAAAUGAGCUACAAAGUUGACCAUAGAGGGAACGCCCAUGGGCCCAAGGGGCUCCAAGCAAUUCAUGGCCACCCAAAUCCAGCUGCCAUGUCAGACUACGGGCUACAGGGCCCAGCCAUGGGGAGGCUAUUGGGGCUGUACGGGGAGGAUGACGAUUGGUGUUCUACCUGCUCUUCUUCCUCUUCUGAUUCUGAGGAAGAAGGCUUUUUCCUGGGUCAGCCCAUCCCUCAGCCAAGACCCCAUAGACACUACUAUGCGGAUGAUUUGCCCAGCCCGGUGGCAGGCAUGUCCUCACCUCCCUAUGGUCUACGGACUAAGACCAAAAAGAAAAAAGGACACAAGGGGAAAAACUGCAUAAUUUCAUAAAGUUCCUCCCUUCUUUAUCUCCAGUUUUGUAUUGCUCUGCUCCACUUUUGCUUCUCAUGUCUGCUUUUAAAACACAGUAACAGUUUGCUUUCUAUUGAAUACUUCACAGCACUCAACUUACCAAAUGUUCAAUCUCUUUAGGUUUACUUCUAGCAUUACUACUUGCCAGUAAGGUGACAAUAUAUUUUAGAGUAACACAUAUUUAAAAACAGCUGUCUAUACUGUGUUUAUUUAACAGUGAAUAUAUUAAUGUAUAUAUUGUAGAAUUAAAAAAACUAAAUGGUUAUUUUUAUACCCCUGAGUUCACGGUAUGCUUUGUGCAACAAUGGUAUGAACAUUUAACUUUUGGCAGUUGGUACGGAGCCAUAUUUCCAAGACAGUGUCAGAAAUGAAUUGACAGUCCAACCCUGGCCCAAUUUUUUCAAAUGUGUUGCCUUCCAGGCUUGUGCAGCAUGAACAUGAACAAGAGAGAAACACUGUGUGUAUUAAAAUGCCUGGUUGAGUGGUGUAUUUAUGGGUCACUGUAUUGUUAGCAUCAUUGUAAUUUGUAUAAAUGUACAAACUGGAAUAUAAGGCUAAAACAGAUGAUAAUUGUAAUAAAAAAAUCUAUAUA